AUGGCUUCAGCCCAUUCUCAACCCUCCACCCUGAGGAGGUCGAAAGAGUCGGAGAGGAUAGGCAGUUUCCAACGCCAUGAGGAGAUAGGGCGCGGCAGCUUUGCGACGGUUUACAAGGCGAUUCAUACCAGCGGAUCAGGCGUGCAAAGCAUUGUGGCUAUCAAAUCUGUCAACAUGUCGAAGCUCAACAAGAAACUGAAAGACAACCUCACGUCGGAGAUCUCCAUCCUCAAGGGACUGCAUCAUCCACACGUCGUUGCUCUCAUCGACUGCAAAGAAUCGAGCUCUCACAUUCACUUGGUGAUGGAAUAUGUUGCUCUGGGUGACCUCUCACACUUUAUCAAGAGACGGGCUGAAAUCAAAGACAGUGACCUGGUGGGCAACAUGAUGGUCAAGUAUCCCAAUCCUCGACAUGGAGGCCUCCACGAAGUGGUUGUCCGACACUUUCUACAACAAUUGUCGAGUGCUCUACAAUUCUUACGAGCUCGGAAUCUCAUUCACCGUGAUGUGAAACCUCAAAAUCUUCUCCUCAACCCGUCACCGACGUAUUUCGAGACGCACAAGCCCCGACCUAUGCCUUACCAAGCCGGAGACAAUUCUUUGAACCCGGUGUGUGGCAUCAGAUCACUUCCCGUCCUCAAGAUUGCCGAUUUUGGCUUUGCCCGAUCAUUGCCGUCGACGGCACUUGCAGAAACUCUGUGCGGAUCUCCAUUGUACAUGGCACCGGAGAUUUUGAGAUAUGAAAAAUAUGAUGCAAAGGCCGAUCUCUGGUCGGUGGGUACUGUUCUUUACGAAAUGAUGACGGCCAGACCACCUUUCCGAGCUUCCAAUCAUGUGGAAUUACUUCGAAAGAUAGAAAAGGGUGAAGACAAAAUCAAGUUCGGGGAGGAAUUUAUCAUAUCCGAAGACCUGAAGAAACUCAUUCGCCUGCUGUUAAAAAGAGAUCCGAAGGAGAGACUCUCGUUUCCUGAAUUUUUCAACAGCGAAAUUAUCACCGGUCCGAUUCCAGGCCUCCAUCCAGAAGAUAUGCCACAAGAGUCAGUGGUUUCUGAGACCGACCACCACCGAAACAGCCGAGCCGACCCCACGGGCUUGAUGCGACCAGGAUCGAGAAAAGAACCCGUCAAACCCUAUAUCGAUCCUCCCAAGACUGUUUCGGAGGACAAUUUGACGCGAAGACACUCGAUCAAUCGAAGACCAUCCGGCGCAAAAGACCAGAUUAUUGCGCAGCGGAUCACUUCCGAUGAGCGAGGAUCAGUUCCGGAGUCUCCUCCCUAUGCUGACGGAGGACGGCCUGCUGUACAUCCACACGCUACAACCCCAGGAAGGCAAGAAUUAGUCCAUCGACCUGCGUCGACUCCCAUGGCUCGUCAAGCCAGUGGCGGAUCGCAUAAGCUGCCACCUUCAUCUUUGCGAGGCCAGGUGUACGAUGAGGAACAGGAGGCUGCUCUUCGCAAGCAACAAGAAGAGAAAGAACGAGAGCGAGUGGCUCAGGACAUUGCUUUCGAAAGAGACUACGUUUUGGUGGAGAAGAAAGCGGUCGAGGUUAAUGCAUUGGCUGAUGAACUCGAUGCUAGCCCACGCCUAAACAGAAGCUCACUGCAGGCGGCCGUGUCGCCAAAGGCAGGGGCAGGGGCGGUCGUCCGUCGCGUAACAACGCAAGGAGUACCCGUAUCUUCGACAGGCGCGCAAACCAGCGCUUCUCGAGCGGUUCAAAUCGCAUCUGGAAGACGCCCAGAUUCUCUCCAUCACCGCCAGAAUUCUUAUGAGCGACGAUAUGGCCCAAGUCCGAGCUCAGCCACUUCGGCGAUAUCGAAAGCGUUGAACAUGGCCAGUGGUCGACUGUUUGGUGUGGGGUUUUCUCCUCCUGUCAAUCUAAUGCGUGGAGGCAAAUCUCCUCCCAUCACGUAUAGUCCGUUCCCAACCUAUCCUGGAGCUCAGAGCAGCCUUGUCGUGAUUGGAGACACGGCGAAAUCACCCGCGGCUGACGAAGAUACCAAAUUUGUACAGACCGUUGAGGAGAUCGCCACUCGAAGUGAUGUUGUCUAUGGUUUUGCAGAAGUGAAGUACAAGCAGCUCAUCCCUGCCGUUCCGUCCCAGCCUGGACUCGGUUUGCGCAACGCUUCGGGCGAAAAUGCUGCUUCGGACAGUCCGUUUGGUGCUUCCAAUGAAGAUCUGACCGUUGAGGCGAUGGUAAUUGUUGCAGAGGAGGCAUUGGUACUUUACGUCAAGGCCCUGGCUUUGCUUGCCAAAGGUAUGGACAUUGCAGCACGCUGGUGGGCUCGCAAGAAUCGUGGCGAAGCGACCGGAGAUGGCAUCGCAAAUCGGCCAGGCACGAACUCGGCUGCUGCGGGCCAGAGAAUGAACAAUGUCGUGCAGUGGAUCCGAAGUCGUUUCAAUGAAGUUUUAGAGAAGGCAGAUCUUGUCCGUCUGAAGCUCAUUGAUAGUCAGCGACGCCUCCCGGAAGAUCAUCCUAGUCAUCCGAACAACAUCUCCACUACAACAGCUUCCAGCGCCGGCCUGGGCACAUCGGCAGAUCAGGUCGUGGUUAGCUCUGGGAUCACAGCAGAGAAGCUCAUGUAUGAUCGAGCAUUGGAAAUGAGUCGAGCUGCUGCAAUCAACGAGCUUACCAACGAAGAUUUGACGGGAUGCGAAAUUUCGUACGUCACCGCUAUUCGGAUGCUGGAAGCAGUGUUGGAAAACGACGACGACAGCUUGUCUAAGCGUGGCAGCAACACUAGCGAUCUGGAUGAGAAGGAAGACUUAGCACCGAUUAAUGGCUUGGAAGCUGAAGACAGAAGAACCGUGAAGAAUCUGGUGACAAGCAUUCGCGGAAGACUAACAGUCAUUCGACGAAAGCUCCAGGUUAUUCAAAAGCGUGCUUCUGCCCCGGCGAUGGCUUCUCCCAGCAAAGCAUCACCUCCUAUCGCACAACCCGGCGGCAAUCCCAUCACUACUGCUACUCCCCCACGCUCAUGA